AUGAAGAUUGGUGCUAUCAUCCAGAGCGAUUUACAGUCCAUUUCACUUCGAUUCCGUAUUCCGCUUCAUGUGUUGGCUACUGAUGUGGCCAAAAUGUAUAGGCAAGUCUUAGUCGAUCGGCGGCAUACGCCGCUAUCUCGUAUAUUCUGGAGGAAAAAUCCUUCCGAUCCCCUUCGCGUCCUAGAGCUGACAACUGUCACCUACGGCACGGCUUCUGCCCCGUUUUUAGCAACGCGGGCACUCUUGCAGCUGGCUAUCGACGAAAGCUCCAAGUACCCGCUAGCUGCAGAUAUAGUGAAGAACAGUUUUUAUGUCGAUAACGCGUUGUUCGGAUUCAACAAGUUGGAUGAAGCAAGUGAAGCUCAGGUGCAGUUGAUUCAUCUCCUUCAGGCUGGUGGAUUUCAUUUGCACAAAUGGGCAUCAAACAAUCCGGUACUGCUGGAGCGUAUUCCGGAAAAGGACCGGGACGAACUGGUCAGUAUUGAUGAAAGCGGAACAAGUGAGGUGAUCAAAACAUUAGGGUUAAUGUGGAACCCUGAUUUGGACGUUCUCCAGUACAUCUCCCUUCCAGUAGUGAGUGAAAAGGACGUAACCAAGCGACAAGCGCUCUCACUGGUAUCGAGAAUGUUUGAUCCGUUGGGACUUGUGGCACCAGUUAUCGUUGUCGGCAAACUUCUAAUGAAGAAUAUCUGGAAAGAAGAAGUGGAAUGGGAUGAAGAGCUCACGGGUGAUUUGAGGAAGAAAUUUGAUUAUUUUCUUAGUGCAUUGUGUGGUAUUACACGCCUUCGCAUCCCUCGUCAUGUGAUGGUGACUGGAGCUGCUGCUUUCGAGCUUCAUGGAUUUGGUGACGCAAGUAUGGAGGCAUACGGGGCUUGCGUGUAUAUCAGGUCAAUCGUGUCUGGUCAAGCUACGGUGGUACGGUUGCUGUGUGCCAAAUCGAAGAUUAUUCCGAAGACAGUGUUGACCAUUCCAAGAAAGGAGCUUCUAGCUGCGCUUUUGCUGCACAGAUUGGUGAGAGCAGUGAUUUCAGCAUUAGAACUGUCUUUUCGUGACAUUACACUAUGGUCGGAUAGUCAAGUGGUGCUAGCAUGGCUAGCUAAGAAUCCGGACCAUUUAGAAGUGUUUGUACGCAAUCGAAUUAGUGAAAUUACUGCGACAGGAAUGAAAUUCAAAUGGAAAUAUGUUCACACGCUGGAUAAUCCGGCCGAUAUAGUGUCACGCGGUCAAACUGCUGAUGGUCUUGAGAACAACGACCUUUGGUGGAAUGGACCGUUGUUCCUGCGCAAUGAAGAAUAUCAGGUGGUUGAUCCAGAACCGCUGUCCGAUGACGAUGUACCUGAGUUGCGGCGAUCCACUAUUGUUUCUACGACAAUGAAAUCGGAGCCGUUACCGAUUUUUCAGAAGUUCGAGUCCUUCAGGAAGCUCCAGCGAAUCCUUGCCUACGUUUUACGAUUUUGCUGGAACGCGAAGGAAAAGGUGAAGAAGAAGCGAAUCAUACAGCGGUUCCCAACUGUGUUUGAAAUGCGCCACUCCUUGAAGGUGAUUGUUCGGGUGGUUCAACUGCAACAUUUUGGCAAGGAAGCAGCCAUCAUUGAGUCCGGUGAGUACUGCAAGAGAUUUUCUAUGUUGAACCCUUUUAUGGACGAUGGAAUGAUUCGUGUCGGCGGGCGUCUUCGGCAUUCAAAUCUGCCGUACGGCGUGAAGCAUCAGUGGGUCUUACCAAAGGAUGAUGUGAUUGUGAAACGAUUAAUUGAAGCUGUACAUCGUGAGAACCUACACAUUGGACCGUCGGCUCUUCUAGCCCAGCUUCGUCGUCACUUUUGGAUUUUGGGAGCUCGCUCUGCUGUACGUAAGGUGACAAGAAAUUGCGUGCGGUGUUUCAAAUUAAAACCUCCGUGUGCAAGCCAAUUCAUGGGGGACCUGCCGUUAGCAAGAUGCGACAAAGCUCCCGCUUUCACCAAGGUGGGCGUCGACUUUGCAGGUCCUAUGUUAAUUAAGCAGACUGGUAGAAAGGUAGCACCUGUAAAGGGAUAUGUGAGCGUAUUUGUGUGUUUGGUUACUAAGGGAAUUCACCUGGAGCUGGUUGAAGACCUGUCCGCUGAUGCAUUUAUUGCCGCAUUGUUGCGAUUUGUCUCUCGUCGUGGCGUCCCUGAGCAAAUAUUUUCCGAUAACGGGACAAACUUUAUCGGAGCCCGAAACGACUUAAUCGAACUGCACCGCCUUUUCAAGGAUCGAACCACCAAUUUGAAAUUAGAAGAAUUCUGUCAAUCCCGACAGAUUGAAUGGAAAAUGAUUCCUCCAAAUGCACCACACAUGGGAGGAAUUUGGGAGGCAGGGGUUAAAAGCAUGAAGGCAAUCUUGAAAAGAAAUUUGAAUUCAUGCCUACUUACAAUGUCUGAAUUUUCGACAUUACUCUGCCAGAUUGAGGCUCAGCUCAAUUCUCGGCCAUUAUAUGCGUCCUCCGACGACCCAUCAGAGCUUGAACCCUUGACUCCGGGACAUUUCAUGAUCGACAGACCUUUAGUUGCUAUUCCGGAGCCAAGCUACGACGGAAUUCCUGUUAAUCGGCUUUCCAGGUGGCAGUAUGUCCAGCAUUUGCGUGAGGAGUUCUGGAAACGCUGGUCUCUAGAAUAUCUGCAGGAGAUGCAGAUACGACAAAAAUGGGACAAGAGAAAGGAGAACAUUAAAGCUGGAAUGGUGGUAAUCAUUCGAGACGACAACUUACCACCGCAGCAUUGGAAACUAGGAAGAGUAGAAAAAACUUACUCAGGAUCGGAUGGAUUGAUCCGUGUUGUCGAUGUCCGAACCAGGGUUGGUAUCUUGAAGCGCCCAAUUCACAAGCUGGCUCCUUUACCUAUAUUGGACAACCAGCUUCUCGCGGGGGAGGAUGUUCGGGCCGUUUAA